CCCUGAAUUUGAAUUUUGAAAUGAAUUUGCUCUGCACUCUCCCUUCUCACCGACGGCGAUGAGGCCUUCAUCGUCCGCCGAUCGUUGACUCUGCCGUUGCUCUCACUGCUCUCUCACCUUCCUGUCGUCGGCCACUCAAACCUUGGGUUCUCGAUCGCGCAUCUACCCGACUUUUCAUCAUCUCUCUCGAUAGAUCAACGCCUCAGGUAAUUCCUCUUCCUUCCUCAAAUUUUUAUUGAUUCGCAUAUGACUACCUCCUAGAUCAGCUCUAUUUAAUUCUGUAUUUGGGUCAGAAUCCCUUGAUUUCGUUUCUUACCUAAGAAUCUCGUCCGCCCAUCAUUGAUUACUUCCUGCCGGCUCUCUAUCUCCAACCUCCUCGCCUCGAUCCUUUCUCUCUUGGCGCUCCGAUUUGGCGUAAAAUUUUCUGUUUCUUAUUUCAUGAUUGCUUUCUGAGUUCUGUUUUUCAUUGCUUUUGGGCAUUAAUUUGGUGAUCAAAUCUUCGGUUAGGGUUUAUGUGUUUAGGAAUUUGAUAUUUCUGCAAGAUGCCUGCUAUUUUUUUCCCGUUUUAUGCCAGUUACCGGUCUUUUGCAUGGUCAGUGGAGGGGAAAGUAUUGGGUUUUUGUGAUUCUGACGAAUUAAUGUGAAUUUCUAUAUGAUGGUAACUUAUUUUCUUUGGGGAUGAAUUCCUAGUUUGCGUUACUUAACGAUUCCAUACUCUCUGUUGUUUUCUUCAAUUUUCCAUAUGAGUGUCUAUUCACCGUGCAAUGCAGAACAACUAGGCUGUAGAGAGCAAUUUAUGAUUUUUUCAUCUGGCUGCAAAAAUUUUUAUUGGAUGGAUUUGAGUCUGUCCUCUGCCAUCUCCUGCAAUCUGCAUGGCAGACUUGUUUCUAUAUGCUUACUGCAAUGUCCUCAUUACUCUUUUCCUAGUUGGUUUUGAUGUUAGUAUCCUGGGACUUGUUCUAUUGUUUGUUUGUAUUUGUUCUAAGGAUCUGAUUGGGAGGAUAUAAUUGUUUGUUUGUAUUUGUUCUAAGGAUAUAAUUGCUUAGGAGGGAAGCAUGUAUGUGGGGUUGGCAGUCCACGGGAGUGACUGGGAGGCACCCAUUCUCCUAGUCUCUGAAUAGGUGAUCAAGUUCAAGUAGCUUCCAAAAAUUACAAAAAUACUUGGAAACUUUUGUUUUACAAGCAAACAUGGUUGAUGGUGAAAAUGGUUUGUCAGUUCAACGUAAACGUCCUCGAGAGAAAAUUUAGGAAAAUGAGCAAGAAGACAUGGAGUUUUUUUUUAUUGCUUAUGAAGUUCUUUCUUAUACUUCUUGUUAUUUGUCAUCGUCGUAAGCAUAGGUAUAGAGAACUUCAAUUAUGUGAUCAAGAUGAAAGGGAUUAUCGGAGGAAGAUGUGGAUGACAGAAAUCCAUCCUUUAGUUGAUCUUCUCGGUUGCUAGCUUUCAUUGUUUUAAAUACAUGAAUGGUAUGUUAAUGGAGGUCAUUGUUCCUUUUUUUUCUUAUCCAAUUUGUUUGUCUUGAGGUAAUUUAAAUAAUAUUUUGAAAGAUUA